CUUCUGGCAUCUUCUGGCGGCGCUUGGGGGAUUGUGUAAUCACCCAAUUCGCGGGGCGUCUCCCUCACAUCGUUUGUUAUUCAUUUCCCUACAAACACCAACCCAUGGUCUCUUCAAUCAGAUGACCAACUUCACCACUCACUGUGGCUGCAUGGCUUUCCAACAGUGACAUGUUCUGUCUGCAGUGAUGUACUCUAUCCUUCUGUUUGUUUCAUAGAAUCAACCUAUUUAACCCUCAGCCUUCCAUCUCGUCAAGUAUCUUCCUCUAUCCACCGUCGUCAUAUAAACAUGUCGCGCUCGUCGAGCAGAGAACUCGACCCGUUAGUAGGGCAGUUCGAACAUCUGUCAGACAAGAGACGAGCCAACGAAGCCUUGGUAUUGUUGAAAAAGAUAGCUUCUCUUGUGAAGCCGAUUAUGCGACAGCGAGGUUGGCGGGUUGGCAUUCUCGGGGAAUUCUACCCGGCUGAUAUUUCUCUCCUGGGGAUGAACACCAAUCGUGGCGAGAUGAUUCAAUUGAGACUUCGGCAGCCAUAUGAUGAGAAUCAAUUCAUGCAAGUCGAAAUGAUAGUCGACACCAUGCUCCAUGAGUUAUCCCACAUUGUCCAUGGUCCCCAUAAUCAACAUUUUCAUGCCUUAUGGACCCGACUUCGAGAAGAACACGAGGCUUUGACUCGCAAAGGGUAUACCGGGGAAGGAUUCCUCGGCCAUGGUAAUCGACUGGGUGGUCGACAUGUGCCCAUGGUCGAAGUAAGGAGAAGAGCCCGCGCAGCCGCCGAAGAGCGUGCGAUCCGCACCAAAAACAGCGGUACCAGACUCGGCGGUCAGGGCAUUGUUCGAGGACAAGACGUUCGAGACAUCAUUGCGAGGGCAGCCGAACAAAGAAUUGCAAUCGAUCGUGGUUGUGGCAAUGAUACCGCCCAAGGAAAAGCAAUCGCUCGCGGUACAGCAAGCAAAGGUGGCACCGUGUCGAGAACACAGGCCGAAAGGGAGGACGAGAAUGAAGCAGCGUGGAUCCAAGCCAUGAUUGAGCUGGUUCGCGAAGAUGAUGCCGCAGCCUUUGGAGAUGACUCCACGACGACGCCUGAAACAGCGUCCGCAUCAUCAACGUCCAGUCGAUCGGGUAAUCUCAAUGCAAACAGACUUCGACAAGAACAACUCGAGAUCGAACAGAACCUACAAAGACAAUCUCGCCCCUCGACCAAUCCAAAUCCAUCAAACCGUUUGUCGUCAAACGGUCCCUAUAAUAGACCUCCACCGCCACCUCCUUCCCGUGCACCUCCACAACCUCAACCUCAAACUUGGACGUGCGACAUCUGCACACUAAUCAACCCUAUCGACCAUCUGAUCUGUGGUGCCUGUGAGACGCAACCACCUGACAGAAAUAUAAAUAUCAGCAGCAGUGACAGUGGCAAUGAUAACAACACCUCCACCAAAUCCAAGUCCAACUUCAAAGAUCGAAGCCCGAACUCUGCGAAUAGAGGAGGUAACAACCCCUCGUCUAAAAUCAUAUCCACCAGCAAACCCUCACGUCAUCCAUCGCUUCAGCCACGGUUGAACGCAUACGAUUCUCUAGCACGAAUUGAGUCCGAAGCCGCCAGAAAACGCGAUGCUAAACCCAUUGGAUGGGAAUGUUCCAAUUGUCAUAAUUGGAUGGAGGAGAUGUGGUGGACGUGUGCGAAUUGUGGGACUAUGAAGAGUAGUUCGUGAUCAUGUAGACAGAAAAUCAGAUACACGUCGCAAUGGACAAGUGGUUGGGCAGGCAAGGCUGUACUAUUGUCAGUUCCAGAUAUUGGGAUCACUAUCCAAGAGACCCUCGGUCCUUCAGCCUUGUGGCUGGAUUGAUCCCAUGACAUGACAUGAAAUGAAAUGAAAUCAGACUAUUGUGUUC